AUGUCUGACGAAACGACCCCGACUCAGGAAACAUCGGGGUCGACUCGGACAGCGGACGCCUCGGACACGCAGACAGCGAAGGACUGCGUCAAGUCCGUCUUCAAGAUCCAGCACGCAGCCAUCAUCGAGGCACAAGCCGCUGAGGAUCGCCGACAAGCCCUAGAGGACCGCCGUACGGACCGACAAAUUCUCAUUUCCGCUCACCAGUCCAACGCCGCCCGCAUCGCCCGCUUAGAAGACCUCCUCCUAGCGAUGAACAUCAAAAACAAAGCGAAUGCCCAUCCGGUACAGCCCGCCCCGGGCCGAGUUGACCUGCAGAAGUUCCGUACUACGCGAGCAGGCACGCUGCAAAGCCUCUUCAACUUCGAUGCCGUGGCGAGUGCAAGACUCGGGGACCUACAACUAGCACAAUUCUUGGUUUACGGGUUGACAGAUGCUUUUCAGGAUCGAAUCAACGAACGACAGCUCCUCGAGACGGUCCCAUUUGCCUAUGGCCCGUUUGAGAAGCAGGCUAAUGCGUCCUUCCUUGCACUGCAACGCCCUGCCGGAACACCAGCCUCGCUCCAUCCACCGUCGAAUACAUCACCAAAUCUAUCCCGGGACGAAUUUAUCUGGCGGGUACAUUCUUUCCUCGACUCACGAGGCCUCUGCCACUUCUGCAAGAAGCACUGCGGCAAUGUGAACGGUGGUUGCCCAGGACCUCUAAAUAGAGCCCAUGUCGACAUCCCGGCUAACUAUCAAGCCCCCACAAAACUGGCCGACUACUCAGCCCCACGCGCUUGGAGUAGCCCAUCCGGCCCAUCACCCACCCCGGGAAAACCCACUCAACCUCCCGCGGGUCAACCUUCAACCCGUGCCGCAAGCGUCGCAGGCGUUACAGACGUCACACCUCUUGAAGCCCAAGUCUCGGCGCUACAACUGGAUGCAGCAAUACGGGAUGACGGCCGUUGGGACACAUACUUCGACGACGAAGGUUGCUAUCCUAGUAUGGAACCGGCCGCUGUGGCGGCACUCGAGGAUCUUGACAAGCAACUCCUCGCAAACGAGAUUGAAAAGGCCGACCUAGCAGACGCUAUAGCUGGUCGCCCGGGACGCGCUUGA